CGUCUCAAUUUUUCUGCUUGUCUUUUAACGAGCACACAUGGAGCUCACAAUCUGAAAAAAUAUUUUUUAUUUGUUUUGGUAGAUAUUGCAAGUGUUGCCAAAUAUGUACUUGUAGUAGAGAAGGAAACAGUUUUCCAGCGGUUAGCGAAUGAUAAAUUUUGUGAAAGGAAUCAUUGCAUUGUCAUUACGGGAAGAGGAUAUCCAGAUGUUCCUACGAGAAGAUUCUUGCGCCAUAUUGUUGAGCAGCUGCAUUUGCCUAUCUAUUGCCUUGUGGAUUCUGAUCCUUAUGGUUUUGACAUUCUGACAACUUACAGAUUUGGUUCUAUGCAAAUGGCAUAUGAUGCAAUGUUGAUGCACAUUCCUGGGCUACGCUGGCUUGGAGUUUUUCCUUCUGAUUCUGAGAAAUACAAUCUUCCGGAUCGCUGUCUUCUCCAUUUGACACCUGAAGAUAAGAAGAAAGUAGAAGCCAUGCUAUCAAGAUGCUAUUUGCGCAAGGAAGCCCCAAAAUGGAGGUUGGAGUUAGAAAUCAUGCUGCAGAAGGGAGUGAAAUUUGAGAUUGAAGCACUAUCUGUAAAUUCGCUGUCAUUGUUGUCAGAUUGGUAUAUUCCAAGUAAGAUUCAACAUGGAAAUUAUAUCUGA